CAACAAGUAAGACAAAGAAAGAAAAGAAAAAAGAAAGGAAGAAAAGGAAGGAGAUGAAAGAUAAAGAAAAUGCAAAGAAAAGUACUGAUGAACAUUCUUUAAGUCAAAAGAAAAAGAAGAAUCAAGAAGAAAAAGUGCAACAAACUGAGAAAAGUCAAGACAAUGAUUAUCCAGGCAUASAAAAGAAACCGCUGCAAAAAAUGUUAAUGGACAUAGUAGAAGCAAACAAUGGUGGUUUAAACAAAGAGAGUAAGAACAAACAYAAGUCAAAGAAAUCAGAUGGCAUCGAUAAUCAAUCCAGACAACAAGGACAAGGAAAUUUGGAAGGUCCUGGAUCAUCAAAUGACAAUCCAGGCAUGAGCARGGAAGAGUUUCUGAAAAUGGUGGACAGUUUUGACACAAACAACCACAGUUUAGACAAGGAAAGUAAGGACAAAAGUGGUAUAAAGAAAGCACAAKAUGUCAAUGAUCAGUCUGGGCAACAAGUGCAAGGAAAGCUAGAGCACAGCCCUAAACAAAAUGUCAGCCAUGAAACUAAUCAAACUGAGAUUGAUGUCCAUGCUUCUGGUCCAGAUACUCCAGUGUCCCUAGUCACAGUGAAKAACAGUUCCAAUUUGCCAGAAGGUUCCAGUGGUCCACCAAUACCAAUUUUACAAGAAGUUGCAAAUAAGGAUGCUUCAAAGAAGAUGGAAAUUGGCCAGAAGAGUGAGRAUUGGGAACAGGAGCUUGAAGAAAGACAAAAACAAUCUGGAGAAGAGCCAAUGGAAGUUGAUAGCAUUGGGAAAGAACAARGUUAURGUAACAAGAUGCAAGCCAGUCCCCUACAGAGAGAUGRAARCGGAUUUCAAACUUCUAACGAAAACAGUGGUCAACAAAGUCAGUCAUUUYUUGGCARAGUUAUCAGUGGAGCCAAAUCAUUACUAGGUUUUCCAAGCAAUCAGGAGAAGUUAAAGUAUGUGUAUGUUGAUGUGCAUUAUCAAUCAGAUGCUGUAUAUUUGUGCAUAUGGGACAAGCAAUUGAAUCAAGGGAUCAGUUAUAUUGAAAUGCAGCCAAUGGAUGACCAUAAGGUAUAUUGGAGAGCAAAAGCAUUUCCUUUAGACGGUAACCGCUAUUUGUUUUACUUUGGUGUGAUAUGGGGUAAUAACGCGUAUUAUGACUUGCAUCAUCGCCGUACAUCAAAACGUAAACAAAACAUGACUGGUAGUAGAAGUGUUUAUUCACUAUUUAGGUAUGAUGGCAUAGCUGACAAUAUUACUGGAAGGUUUUGGUUUGCUCGACAUGUAUAUUCUCGCUUGUGUUGUGGAGAACUUAGCCUAAAGGAGGCUGUAGACGAAUACGACCUUAUUGACUUUGGAUAUAGUAACAUGGCUAGACAAGAACGCCAACACGUUGCAGAUUGGAUUCWGAAGGAAUUAGCGCAAAAUAGAGGUCAACCAGAAGUGGUGGUGUUUUUAGCACAUGUCAUCCAACAUUUUGAUUGCCGGCUUCUACGUGGUGACAAGAAAAGUUACCCUCUCUUAAAACACCUCAUCRCGAAUAGCGAUAGUGCAUCAGCGUUGCUUGACACCAUCAGUUGCUUUUACGAURCUGAAGACUUGUCUGCUGUCCUGAAUGUAGAAAGUGUUAAGGUAGAGGAUCUUAUUGCAAGUCUCCUGUGUCAGGUACAGCACGGCAGGUCUCUGGAAAUGUUGAUAAACUUUAUUUUACGUGUUGGCGGAGGUCUUUUAGAUAAAGUGGCCAAGCUUAAGUCCCAAACUUCGCCUCAUUCCCAGGUCUAUUUUCACUUCUCUGAGGAAGAUGUUCCAUUUCUUAACACCGAACAAGGAUCUGGCUUUCUUAUGGACCCCAAAUUUAAAAGCAUUCGUGUUCGAAUUCUUGGCUUCAUUGUCCAGAAAGCGACUUCUCCAUCAGCGUUGUUUAUGCUUCAAGAGGUCCUAAGCAACGCCUGUCCAUCGUAUGUUGCUGCAMAUGCCCAAGCAUUCAAGAAAGCUUUCCAAAAUCAUCUCACUUCAAAGAAGCUUCUUGAUAAGACAUCAUGGUCAGCAAUUCCACACAAGUAUAAACCAGAUUUUGUUAAGCUAUAUUUUGAGGAACUUAAGAAAAAAGCCAAACUCCUUAUCUCCAAGGACGAACAGCAAGAACAAGCUAUUCAAGCCUUUUUCACAGAUGAAAUAGCGUUGGCAAGUGAAGUUGUUAAGAAAUCAUUUUUGGAGAUCUUCGAAAACCRAACUCUUUCCAGAGUUCUGGUCAACGUCUUACGGGACAACACCUUCAAAACAGUCUGUUGGAAUGAAGCCACGGAUGAGUUUAAGAAAGACGUGUACCAACAUGUGCUCUCUUCAGCACCCCCAAGACAACAGCAAGGAAGUCACGUCGCCAAAAUGUUUCAGGAUCUGGACCAGAUUUUUGUUGCAUUAGAUGUAUGCCCCUUGGACAUGGUUAGAGAAAAAGCUGUGACAAAGUGUCACGAACGAAUUUGCACUGAAGACAUCAAUGCAGUAGCAAAUGCAUUUGAAGAAAUACAAGAUCUCCACAAGGACGUCUGUACUGAAUACUACUCCUGCCUCCAACAGUCAAUAGAGAAAGAAGUCAAGAAAGGUCACCCCCACAGUUGUGUUAUUGAUUUGUUAAAAAACCUGUCUGUAAGAGAUGACAAAGUGAGCAAAGUUGAAAGAAUUACAAAAGAAGUUCUAAGAUGUCUUUGCCAGGAUCUCAAGAUCCCAAGCACAGCAAAAGACGUCGAAAAACAGGGUUUCCCAAAAGCGUUUGAUGGUGUCUUGAAAGAUAAGAUAGUUUGGACAACCCUUUUACAAUUGUGGCCACUGAAUCAGACCUUUGACGAGUUUCCAAAAAUGGCGUCUCUGAAAGUUGUCCUUGCUUUAUUCGUGCAGGCCCUUGAGGCGAAAACCAUCAAGAUCAGUGACCUUACAACCAUAGCCAAUGAAACCGAAGCUGUUGAUACUCUAGACAAAAUGCAUUCUUCUGUCUUUGAAUCAAGCAACACAAGUUCAUUGCGUGAUCUUGUUUCCUCCCGUUAUAAGGAGUUAAAGGAAAUAUCUGUCACCAUAGACAAGUUGAUAAACGCAGCCAAGUUUAUUAAGAAUAUAACAGAAAAAGUUGUUGACGUUCCAGAUAUCAACGAGAUCCUCGUAGAUUUAGCGAGAAGCCAACAUUCCUUUGGAGAAAGGCGCCUUCAUGAAGUACUUGAUACUAACUUCCUGGACAGUGCACAACCAUUUGUAGUGAGACUGAAAGACUUGGACAGCUUGAUGCAACACAAGSUUUUUAGAAAUGCGGCAAUGGCCGUUUUGAAGACUUAUGGCACCAAAAUGUCGUGUAGCUCAAGCCAGAUUCUGGUGAUUCUAAUUGAUCAUGGAAAGACGCAUCUGAAUCGUAUGUGUGCUCCUCUUUUUGAAAACAUCUAUGACAUGUCUGUGGAAGAUGCCAAUGUACUUCUUAGAGGAGUUGAAGAGGAGACCCUACAGUCCGAGCUAAACUUCAUAGAGUUGGUCAAUGGCAAACGGAAAAUUGUGAGGAAUGCGAAGGGUGUUUUGGUGAGAUUUCUGAUAUUUCCUCAAAUGCAGAUAAAUCUUGAAGCUCUUGUCAAACUUCUAUCCUCGGUGAAGCUGAGUUUUACCGACAAAUCCAUAUCUGAUUUCUUUACAAAGACUAAAGACUCUUAUGACAAUCUAAAAGACCUCUACGAUGCCACAGAAGAAGUAAUGUUCAUAGAAAAGUCACUGCAUGAGGAUAGGGGACAAGUCAUCAAAGAACUAUCGGAUUCAAAAGAAGUGAUCACACUUUUACAAGACACUGCUAAUGAUGAUGUCCGCAACUUAAUUGACGCAGUCGAAGAGCACUCUGAUACUACAGUCCGUGCAAAGGAAGUGUCGGAUUUUAUUGAAAUCCAUAAAGUAUUUGCUCCAGUUUUCCAAAGUGCACCAGAAGGUUUUUUGAGUGUUUUGGUGAAACAGUUGAAUGAUUUGACGAAAUCAGAAGCCACUGCAAUUGCUGCAAGAAUAAAAGCCAGCAGUAACAAUGCCCACAGCCUGCGCAGUAUUUACAAGAAUGUUGCAAACCGUGGUGAAAUGACCAAAGAGAUUGUUGCUGCAGCCCUACUCAAGGGAAAUUAUAAGAUCUCCAACCAAGGCAAGUUUACCAAAGAACGUUGGGAGUACUUUGUGACUUACUCGGACACGUCUGAUGAUACCUUACCCAGUGGAAACCACGCUACUACCCAUAGCAUGGAGAAACUGCAAGAUAUCAAAAGUAGAGCACUCCUUAUUGUGAAUUCAGAAAGAAAGAUACAGACCAGCGAAGAAGAGGAGAAUUUAGAUUUUACGGUGUUCAUCGAUCAGAUCGAUCUCCUCAAUGAAAUAGUCAUCACUGGUGAAAGCCUGGAAAAGGCCGGGCAUCUGGAAUUUUCACGAUUUUGGAGGGAAUGCACCUCUCUUGAAGAAAUUCAAACUACGUACCAAGAACUAAGUACCAAACGCCAGAAGUGGGAAAAAACUGUAACAGAGGCUCGGGGUUCACAUUUCUAUUUGAACUUUUUCCAUCCCAGGCAGCUGUGGGUGAUUAAGGAGUUUUUCAACGGAAAUGCCAAAGUUCUCGAAGAAGCCCUUUCACUGUUGCGCUUUGUGGAUAAUUCUCUAAUGAUGCAAGAUUUAGAAAAUUUUAGAAACGACAAAGCGAUCAAAGAUGGUGAUGAUUACAAAAAGCAGUUUGAGCAAAUUGGUUCGACUCUGAAAAAGUUUUUUGAAAGCCGUUCAAGAGUUGCAAAGCACGAUCCUGAUCCCAGUGCCAAGCGUGGUCUGACUGUGGCUGUCCUGGAAAAAGAYAGCACUCAAACCGCAGCUAUUGUUAUGAAGCUCUUCAAAGGCAUGCCAAUGCAAUCCAACAAGGUCUUAUUCUGCCAUGAAAACUCCACUUGGGACGAGAUAGAGCUCUUCCUCGGACGCUGUUUUUGGACAGACAACUUCAACGUACCACAUUGCCUAGCCAAUGUCGAAAGCCUUGAUGUUGACAUACAGUUUCRGCUCGUUGAUGCUAUUAAAACCUUCCAAGCAAAAGGGCAAUGCUAUUGGUUGGUUCUUAUUUGYCGUGGAGGAAAUCAACAUCAUGUUGUCAACCAGUUUCAAGAUAGCGCAAAGAAAAUUCCCAGUAUGACAGAUAAAGAACUCAAAGCAGAAUUUUCUUCCAAGUUCCCACACGUGUCACUGGUUACGUCCGAUCUUCCUGGCCUUGGAAAGACGGAGCGAAUAUGGCAKKACGCAGCAAAGAAUAAAAAGAAACUGGUGUGUUUUCCAAUAAAUGGACCAGUAGAUCGUUAUAAACUGGUUCAUAAACUGUCGCAUCUGGGUCUCGAUGCACACAGCUUGCUUCACAUUGAUGUAUCUGAAGUAGACGAUCCCCUUUUGGUUGACACUUUUCUCUUUGAGCUGAUCGUUCUAGGAAUGGUUUCAUCUUCAACAUUGAUGUUUCAACUUCCGACCUAUCACAUUUCCAUUGAAAUUGCAAAUACUUUGGACCAUCACCUUAGAGAUUCCCUCGCGGUGAUAAAGUGUUUUCAACAUAUUCAUGAAAAAUGGGAUGACUUCACGAACUUUGUGUGCAGUCAAGAGAAUGAAAGUCAAGUUCAGGUUGUCUGCCAGUAYCUUCGCGCAUAUGAAAAAAGGGCUCUUGAAAAGGAAACGCUGAGCUGCAAAGACCUGAAAGAAGCGAAUCCAAUCAGUGCAAGUGAAUGUAGACGUCUCUUGAAAAAUUAUUCGCCGUGGAGUGAUCUCUCGUACAACACUGUUGAGAUUUUUUUGAAUGUAUUGGCUGCACAACUGAGACRAUUUUCCUCAAGCCCGUUCUUCCGACCRGAGAAUUUGACAGCAGCUGUGAAAGAAACCRCUGACAUACGACAAAGGCUCUUUGAAGCACUAAWGGAUGUAUCCAUYGAAUUUGCCAAACGAUCAGUGAAARCCUGUAAAGAAAAUCAAACGUCUGCUCUUUGGCGAAGAAUGACAAAGAAUGAUACAGCAACAACAAUGGUUGACCGUGUACAAGGUAUGGUGCGAUGGGCGGAUGACAAUCAUCUUGUCGUGAUGUUUCAAGAAGCWUACUCCAUUUCUGCUCUUUUUCGAAAGCUUGAAAAGGUUCCUGUUCAGGUCCAAGAGUUAUUUAAAAGCCAAAAUGCCCCCUUGAAGGAUUUGGACAAACUCUCAGAAGAUGAACUCGAAAAAAAGCUUAAGAAGAUUUUGAUUGUAGAAUCGAAGAAUAAAACAGAUUCCACUGAAGGUUAUGUGCUUACUCCAGAUAACGUCCUAAAAAUGGUCUUGAUUGUUCAGCGAAUUCGCGCACAGGUUCCUGUGAUUGUCAUGGGCGAGACGGGCUGCGGAAAGACCAGCUUGGURCGRUAUCUKGCCAAAUGCUGYGAYGUCGAGUUUUCMGUGAUGAACUUCCAUGCAGGAAUCUACGAGGAAGAUAUCGUYGAGUUUACURAGAGRCAGAUUGACAAAGCCGAGAGGAAUGUGGAUAAGCAAGUGUGGGUCUUCUUUGAUGAAAUCAACACUUGUGAUUAUCUUGGUCUUAUCAAUGACAUCAUYUGCCACAGGAGCCUCAAUGGAAGAGAACUCCCUCCCAACCUYGUCUUCCUGGCAGCAUGUAAUCCAUAUUGCUURCGAUCAACAGAGAGYAUCUCAACUGCCGGCCUUACUGGAAAAAGUCUCRMUGAUGAGUACUCAAACCUGGUCUACAGAGUGAAACCCCUUCCAGAGACCAUGAUGGACUACGUGUGGGAUUACGGGUCACUUGAUCCACAAGAUGAACAGGCGUACAUUGGUCGCAUGGUUGCCAAACUAAACACAACGUUCCCAAAUUUGCUAAAAGAUCUUCUGUCAACAUCGCAAGAAUUCAUCCGCAAGUUGCAAAGUCGAUAUAGUGUUAGCCUUCGUGACGUUCGCCGCUGCAUACUUCUYGCUGAAUGGUUCAUGAAAAUGAUAGAAGAUCGUCCGAAGAUUGAUGAAAAGAAAUUCAGUCAAACUGUAAGAGACAUUUAUCAACGUGCUCAAGGUGUCAACAUUGAGAACAGAUCAAUUAUUCUAGCAAUCGCUCAUGCAUACCAGUCUCGWAUUCCAUCAAGCAAGAAGAGGGAAGACUUCCGUUCACAGCUUGAAAAAGUGUAUCAUCAACAUGAAAGACGGAACAUUACCGCAAGUGUUAUUAAUGACGUUGUGAGAGCAGAACAAGAAGAAAUACUCACAAGAAUGGAGUUGCCAGACGGUACAGCCAAAAAUACAGCACUGAGAGAAAAUGUCUUCGUCAUCUUAGUCUGCAUCCUAAACAGGAUACCUGUUUUCGUUGUUGGGAAGCCAGGCUGCAGUAAAUCUCUCUCCAUGCAGAUCAUUAUCAGCAAUCUUCGUGGUAAAGAUUCCAAGGAUAACUUCUUCAAGACGUUGCCUCAGCUACUUGUUGUGUCUUACCAAGGCUCAGAGUCAUCUACAUCGGAAGGGAUACUAAAAGUUUUUGACAAAGCCCAAAAAUACAAAGAACAGGACAAAGAUGGCACUUCUUUGCCAGUCGUUCUUCUUGACGAAGUUGGUCUUGCAGARAUAUCCAAGUAUAAUCCUUUGAAGGUACUUCAUCGACUUCUUGAGCCCGAAGAGAAGGAGUUGCCUGACGUGGCUGUUGUUGGAAUCUCAAAUUGGGCGUUAGAUGCCGCAAAAAUGAACCGUGCCAUUCACUUGUCAAGACCUGAACCAACUCUUAAAGACUUACAAGAAACUGGAGAGUCUAUAUUGGAAGCACAGUCAAAAGCGCAUUUGAGAAAGUCGGAAGUUUUGUAUGAGCAUGCUCUUCAAGGCCUAAAUGAAGAGAUGCUACAGUGUUUAGCAAAGUCAUAUUUUGAUUAUCAGAAGGAUCAGAUCCAUCCCAAUUUCCAUGGUUUGCGAGAUUACUACUCACURAUUAAGUGUCUUAGUCAGACAUUAAUGGGAGAGGAAACCUGGUCGUCGAAAACAUUCCAGGCUGACAGUACCUUCCGUUCGCUGCAAAGAAACUUUGGUGGACUUCGAAAAGAAGACCAAGUAAUCGAGGAAACCUACGUUGAAAACGUACAAUCCAUGCAGUGCCAUGCUGAAUUGGACCGAUGGAAGAACUUCCCAGUUACUGAUCUAAUAACGGACAACUUGAACGAUCCAGGCGCCCGUCAYUUAAUGCUAAUUACUAGUGGCCAGUCAUCUCUUGGAAUCGUUGAUGACACCUUGGCAGACGUCAGGAAAGAAAAAGUGGUCAUCUACGGAAGCAAGUUUGAAGAGGAUCAGUCUGAAGACUACAGCUACAGAACGCUCAGCCGUAUUAUCUUGUAUAUGGAGCGUGAAUGUGUUCUUGUUUUGAAAGAUCUUGAGAACGUUUAUGGGAGUUUGUAUGACAUGCUSAACCAAAACUAUGUUGUAGUUGGUCAGAAAAAGAAUUGUCGCGUAGCACUUGGGCCAUACAGUAACCCUAUGUGUCAAGUCAAUGAUGGUUUCCGUUGCAUCGUUCUUGUYGAUGAGAACAAAGUGGACUACACAGACCCACCAUUCCUCAAUCGCUUCGAAAAGCAGCUACUUCGAUACUCAGAUGUACUGAAAGAUCAUGAAAUGAAAACCAUUGCACAACUACAGUCAUGGGUUGACAACUUUUGCAUGGUCGAAGACCAGGAUUUUCAAAGAUGUGAUGUUUUCUUGGGGAUCAAGGACGAUACGCUUGCUUCUCUUGUACUUCUUCUUGGUCGACAACCAGAUGAAAACGUCCCACUACUUCGAAGGUGCAAGGAAAAGAUCCUUGAUAUCGCUACUCCUGAUGGCGUUCUACGAAGUCUUUGUUCUAAACAGUUCAAGAAUGACCCACAAGAGACUAAAGAACUGUACGAAGAAUACUUUGAGAGAAAACCCCUCCACAAAGGCCUGAAAGGAUUUCUAAAGUUCCAUCAGGUCAACGCUUCAAAACUUCAGAGUUCCGAAAAAACGAGCCUCAAUUACUUCGUCUUGACACAUUCUAGUAUCCACACAGAUGUUGUUAAAUGUCUUAAGGGAUUUCUCUCCUGCCAAGUCGAAAAGUUAGGAGCAUUCAAGUCCGAGAGGCAGCUUUCCAAGACUAUUCAACAAUUCUGGCAGGACUCUAACAAAAAAGAUCUUCUCGUCUUUCAGUGCAAGCCUGACYUGGAUGCAGAACACAUGCUUUUGAUGAAGUCCACCCUUGAACAGAGCCAUGAAAAUUACCUUCAGAGGUGUAACAAUGAGAAGAAGAAGCCAAUCAAAAGCAUGUGUAUUAUUGUCCAUCUUGGAAGGGGAGAACAAUCUCUACCCUGGCAGUUCAGCUUUUUAAACAACUGGAAACAAGCAACUAUUGACGCUCUUGAACGACCCGAAGUCCCAAUUACGAAACUUCUUGGCCACACUGUCGUUUCGCUGAUGGACAAUGUUUUGUCUUUGAAGAAGAUCAUGACUGAUAAAUUGCUGUGGUGCUUCACGAGGCUCAAGUAUCCGAAGGCUUCCAAGGCAAACCAGAAGAUUGUCAAUGAUGAAGUAGAGCUUCUCAAGUCCUCCAAACCAUUGAUCAAGUACUUAGAGACAAUUGUCUUGCGAUGGAUUGAAAAACACCAUGUCCAGGAAGAUAGAUGCAUCGGUUCGACACUAAACGCCUGUGAAUGGCAGGUCAAUGUAGCCUGCGACAAGAAUGCAGUACUGGGGUCCUCAACACUGUCAGGUGCUCUGUUAUACUACAUCCAUAACCUUGUACGUCGACCUUUGGCUAAGGCAAUAUUUCUUAUUGAAGACCGUCUCUCUAUUGAAUGCUGUCAUCGUGUUCUUAAGAGAUCCAGUGACAAGAAUGAUCAUCGUCAAUUCAUAGCAAAUCUAAUCACGAAUGAGGAUUUCUUUAACAUCGACGACAUCCCAGAUCCACACGAGGCUCGCUGUUAUGUGCUGACACAGCCAGGGCUUUCYCGAUCAUUAAACUUUCCUUUCACGCUCAUCUUCAACGGGAAAGUCGAGAGUUUACGUGAUCUUUAUCUUACAAAAUCCAAAGACCUGGAAAAAGACAAGUAUGCAGAAAUGUUCUUCCAAGAUCUACUUGAUGAUAUUCGCGAAGUUAUCCCACAGCUUUUCAAGGACGGUUGGCUGAAAAACAACUUAGAAAGAUACAUGGAAGAUGUCUUUGACUUUGCCAGUUCAAAGUACUCCUCAGAGCUUAGUAAGAUAGAACGGCUCAUGAUCAUGAAGGCAGCUUGUGCAGAACACUUGAAACCUUUACCUGCAUCUGACUCAGAGAUUGCUCUUGCGCAGACAUAUUUCUUUUUAUGGAAGUACGAGUCAGACCUCCUCUCUGUUUUGCAGCUUUUGGCAUGUUGUAAGUCAAUCUUUGAUAAAGAUCUAGAUCAACUAACAAGAAACUACAUUCGCCGUUUUAAAKAUUGUUUGCCAGAAGUUUCUAAAUCUCCGAUACAUGAAGAGAAAAUGGCUGGUGAUGACAGCGAGACGAGUGAUGAAGAUGAUAUGAGUUCAAGUGAUGAAAGUAGUGAAAGUGAAUCCAGUGGAACUGAAAGCAGUGAAGAUGAUAGCAGUGACGAUGAUGAUAGUAGUGGUAGUGAUGACAGUGAUGAUGAUGAUGAGGACAGUGAUGAUGAUGAUGAGGAAAGCGAUGAUGAUGAAGAUGAAGACGAAGAUGAUGCUGAUGAUGCAGAUCUUGAUGAUAAUGAGGGAGAUCAUGACAAGGACAAACAAAGAGCCGACAAAGUCGAAGCCAGUAAAUAUGACAUCGAAGAUGAGGAACGUCAGAGAAAUGAAGAUUUUGAACAUGCCAACCGAGUCAACGCAAUUGAUGACACAGAAAACGAAUGGCAAGAAAGCGAAACACCGUUUUUAGAGUUCUUCUUCGACGCUCUCUGUGAAAAUCUUUUGCCAAAAAAAGAGCUUAACGCAUUCAUUUCCCAUGUUGCCAAGUCUGAAAUCAAGGAAACUCUUCUCUACAUCUAUCUUAGAAUUUGUAGUGACUUUACAAACAUGGUCCUUGAUCCUGACAAUCUCCGAAACCCAAACUCCUUGUUUAUGCUGAGUGAGAUGUACUACAGGGGAACCAACAUGGGAGAUCUUCAAAACUGUUUCCACGAGCUCUUAGAUGUCAUCGAUAACAUGGAAAACCAUAGCGACGAAGUAGACAAGUUUAAAAUCAGCUUUUUGUCACGUUGCCUUCAGACAUGCCAAACAGAGGAGUUUUUCAAGGACAUUGUUAUUACUGUCUGCUCUAUCAAAGGCAAAGAAAUCAUUCAAUCGGCGAGUCCUUUGAUCGUUGACAUAAUACAGUUCUCUCUGUAUAUGGCAGAGAUUGAGGGCUAUGAUUGCAGCUAUCUCUGUAUUCUAGAAGGAAAAGCUGGCGAUUGUCCAUAUUUUCAAGUGCUGGAUGAAGCUCUGGAUSAGGCAGUGAAGAAAGCAGGCAACGUAUUAGACUGUCACUUUGUCACAGUUUUUAUAGAUGCUUUCAACAAGUUAAUGCCAGGUGCUGAUCUAUCUGAGGAAGUGAGCGAUUCCAGCUCUGUGACAAUUACCUGCCUUAGAAAUGCGUUUGCCGUUGUGAAGGAGCCUCGUGUUAAGCAAGACAUGUUUGUGCUUAUUACUGCAAUUUCAUACCUAAGAUCUCUUCUUUCUUCGUUAGCGGAAUUGAUCAACGAAAUGCCUUUCAUCCUCAAAAGGGAAUCAGAGUAUUCAAAUUUCUUGGGGUACUUAAACUCCAUAUUUGAAGUACCAUUGGGAGAUCAAACUCGAUCUCCACGCAGAGCUUCCAUUCUACUCUAUUUCCUAAAAGAGCUCAAGAGAUAUCAUACUAUGUUUGAGCUCAGAAAAGUAUGUGAAGAGGCCAGUCAGUUGCCAAUUUUAUCGUCCUUGAAAUGGAAUGAUAGGCUGAGCUCAACAGCAUUCCAUAUAUUGGACGACACGCCUGAGAAACGUGAUGUGAAGAAAGCUCUUCAAAGUCUCGUCGUCUCAAACGACACAAGCCAAAUCAGACAAAUCUACCAAAGUCUCUCUGAACCAAAGCGUCGAAAACUCUUUGCUGUUGUUUUAAUGGAGGACCUCUACUUGCCCCAGAGUAAUGCAGACACAGUGGACAAAGCGCGGGAUACCAUUGAGCAGUUAUUGCCCCGUUCAUUACCACGUCCCUACUACCAUUUYAUUCUCUGCCUGGCUGGCAAGCAAGAUUUCGAAGGGAUUUCAUAUUCAUAUGAAUUACCAGUCCUAGCUACGAAGCAACUUACCAUUGUUCUUCAUUUGCUAGCAGUUCUCACUGCAGAGAUUGGAGCAGAGCAGGUCAUUGAUCGACCGUUUUUCUCAUACCUUCUUGAUCCAUUGAAAGCUACAAAAGGCUGUCUUCUGUCUGAUUCURACUCCCAAAAUCAAGUAACAUUGAAGUCAGGUCAUAUUUUCUCGUGCAAAUGUGGAACUGCAUUUGUAAGAGGCGAYGAGAAAACAAGCUGUCCCCAGCACCGCAAACUUUGCUCAUCACGUCCAAAACGUAUCGACGUUAAGCAAAACGAUGUCUCAAAAAGCACACUGUGUGUUGCCCAAUCCAGGGGAGACCACUUCUCUGUGUGUAAAAUGACUCCCUCUAGUUAUCGACUUCUUCACAUGCUUGUCCAUUCUGCACUCUUUGCUGGUGUAGCACUGGAAAGAUUCAAAAAGGACACUCUAUCGGAGRUUUUGUCCAUAGAUGAUGCUACUGCGGAUCCCAUGGAAUGCUGUCGAGAGGAAAUCGAAAAUGAUCUCCUUGUUCUAGGAAGACUUUGGAGCUGCAGUGAAGAGCAGUUAUUAAACCAGGUGCAUCAUCUGAUUUCAGACCUUUCYGGCUUGGUAACAAAGCACACUGGAAGCCCAUCCCUAACACCUGACUCSAGAAGUCGAUGGCAGAAGCAGUUUGCUGAUCAAGUAGAGCAGUCUCUUCAUCGCCGUAAAAGCGCAGUUUCUCAACCAGCAGAUCUUAGUUCUUUGGAAGCUCAAAUUGAAGAAAAAGAUUCCACAGAUGACGUUGACCGCAAUAAAUGGCUUCCUAGGCUGUUUCGCCGUACUAAGGAAGAAGGUUUGGAUGACUUCUGUUCAACGUACUACUCUUCAARUGAUGCGGCAAAGAAGAAACAUCCAUUAAUUGGUUUGUUCUUGAAACACCUAAGAGUUCUCCCYAAAGUGGCCCACCUCUACCCACUUGUUAACUUCUCAAACAUGCUUGAGCAGCGUUUUGGUAGACGCUUAAGCCGGCAAGACACCGGGAAGUACAUUGGAGAUGUCAUCAAGGGCGACAAUUAUGAAGAGCUGAAGGAUGCAUUGGAUAAGUUCUGUGAGUCAUGGGAAGUGAUGAGGCCGGACAUUAAAAGAGAACUUGGCGAAGAGGUACCUCACCUUAGUGAAACUAGCCAGGCGUCUUACUUUUUGAUUAAUCAAGGCCACGAAGGGAAUUGUUGCAUCAUGCCAGUAGUCCAUGUCCAAGACGCCAAACAAGAAGAAAUUAUACAAUUUCAAUGGGACGACACCAUAUUACUUCACUCACACCACAACACUGACUACGGUAAAGGCUACGAGAUAUGCUACGMCUUUGAAAAGAUCGAACGUCAACUGGCAGGUCAAUUUCUGCUCAAAAAGGUGUAUCUUGGCACAAGAGACAGUCUCAGAUAUUUCCCGUACAGUAACGAACUGUUCCAUACCACCACAAAUGUGUUAAAUGAUGUUUNCCAGCGCAUACCUCAGGAACCAAUCAGUGCCAACAUGGAAAAUCGACUGAAUCUCAUCAAAGAGAAAAAUCUAGAGAAUGUCAAAGUUUUGCUGGAGCACAUGGAAGUUAUUAUAUGUUGGUUGGCCACGUCCUCUCAGUUGGAGUCAAAUAUGCCUUUAGUUGAAUACGUUAAAAGGAAACUUCCUAAAGCGAAUCUCCUACCAGAAAGACUUUUCAAUGAUCCAGAAAAGGAGUUCAAAGUUUGCCACGUCGUUGGGACUUACCAAAAACUCGAAGAAAUGUUCUCUUAUGUGACCGCCGAGAAUGUUGCUGACAAGUAUCGCAAUAAGCUGAAUGAGAAGGAACAUGGGCAUCUUGAAGAGGUCACCGGAAUGCUCGGAGAUAACAUCGAUGAACUUUGCGUCGUCUUGACUUCAUUACGUCGCUUUAUCUUCCGGUACUUGCUGUCUGAGAAGGAAAUCCACUGGUUUCAAGACCCCCUCAGAAUAAUUGUUUCUCAACUCGACGACCCAUCGCUCUGGCCACUGUCAAUGAUGUCUAGUGAGGAUGGUGAUGAAGAAACGCCAAAGUUCAAGCAGCUUAUCAAUAAGUUUGUACCUAAGUCAACACGAGCCGGUGAAGUGUACUCUGUGGUGUCAUUUUACGACACUUUUGUAAAGAAGCGCCAAAGCACCAAAGAGCUUGCAAAGAGGACAGCAACCAAAGGCCCUAAAAAGCUCCGUCCAAAAAUGGCACCAAGUUUUAAAUCUAGAUUCACAUAGACAGACCCACAUAAUGGUUUAUUUAGUUAGUUUUUUUGCAUCAAAGACGAGAUGUUAGAGUAGAUAGUCUACUUCUUCUGUUAAAUUUCCUGUCAGCGCUUUAUAAUUACAGUUGUUUUUUGUAAUAAAUGUUUAUUGCCGUAAAAAACAUUCGAAAUAAAACAAUACAUAUCUAAAGAUUUUAAGUGAUCUUCAGAAAGCAAAGUCCCUUCUUGGCUUCGGAAACAAUUCGACGUAAUUCAUCACUCCUGGGUUUUGGAUCUUUUUGAAUUCUGAAAAACAAACACGAAAUGGCACGUUAAUAAUGUAAAUGUANAUGUAAUGUGUAAUGUUAUUAAUCUGCCAUUUCAACAUAAAUACUCCAGAAAGUUGAUUUUUAAAGGCAACGUUGAUCCCUUUCUCGAGCUGAAAAGAAAGUUAUGCGGGCCGUGUACGCAACCAUAACAUCCUCGAACUCGGAAAAUAUAUAAGCAUUUAAAACAGCAGUACCUCACCUUAUAAUAUCACUGACGUCACCAUAGCCCAUGACGAUAAUCGUCAAACAGUCUUCAGGUAUCGCUUGACAGACAGUUGAUACCCUUGAGUCGAGAUUCCUCAAMACUUCCUAUKGAAAYGUCAUCGAUGACAAUCAAUUCCUGAAUCGGCGGCCAUCUUGGAAAUAUGUUAAUAUAGGUUCUCUUUACUUCUUUGACAAUGUACUUACCUUUUUCGCAUUUAAGUCAUUAUUAGCCAUUCCUAGCAAAAAUAAAUUGUUAUUAGUUAUUGUUA